AUGAGGCCUCACCAGUACCUGCUUCUGUGCUUGGCUUUGCUUGUAUGCGGCAUUCAUGCAGUAGAGUUCCAUUUCACCGAUAACACAUUCCCUUCUUGUGCAUUGACGUGCGACAAGCAAUUGGCGGCCUCCAACUGCUCACUUGCCACCGAUGUGUCAUGCUUCUGCCAGCACAGAGAGGUCGCGGCCUCGGUCCUCGAUUGCGCCGAAGCCCACUGCACGGUGAAGGAAUACUUCACCACCUAUAGAUUGUAUGAGGAUAAGUGCAACAUCCCGAAGUUGAAGGGCCCACCCGUCGUCAGUGCCUCGACUCUCGUUCCUCUCAUUUUGGCCGUCUUUUUCUUCUUUGCUCGAAUUGUGGCCAAGUUCCAGGGCCUUGGAGGUGGUUGGGGAUGGGAUGACUACACGAUCAUCGUCUCAUUUAUCCUUGGAAUCGCCUUCUACGCCGGGUAUACCAUCACUAUCACUCACGGCACCGGCAUGAAUAUUUGGGACAUUCCCUUCGAUGAUAUCAACCAGUUCUACCAGUCCUUCCAAUCCAUCGCAAUCAUGUACAAAAUCCAAAUCUCUCUCGCCAAAAUCUCCGUGUGCCUGUUCCUUCUCCGCAUCUUCCACACUCGGACAUUCAGAUACAUCGCCUACGCUCUCAUCAUUGCAAAUGCUGCCAUCGGCCUCUGUUGGGCCUUUGUCGAUUCUUUCCGCUGCAUCCCUACCCGCCUCACCUGGCUGGGUUGGCAGGGCGAGGAAUCUGGACGUUGCAUCAACUUCAUCGUGUCGAUUCUGGUCAACUGUUUAGCCAACAUCGCUGUUGACUCGGUUCUGAUCUUGUUGCCGGUGUUUGAAGUAGUCAAACUGCAGUUACCUCUGAAGAAGAAGCUUGCUGUUGCGACCAUGUUUGCUGUUGGAUCAGUGUUGACCGUCGUUGCCAUCAUCCGUGCGGUCGUGUUCUGGAGAAACCGCUGGGGCCUGAAUCAGACCAAGGGCUUGUACCCUCUCCUUCGCUGGUCUGUCAUUGAGGUCGAGAUCUCCGUCAUGUGUGCUUGUCUGCCCGCUUUCCGAGCGCUCAUUGGACGCUACUUCCCUACCUUGGUUGGAUCCGAGCGUCGGGCUUACGCUACACACACCAUGGAAGGCUACAGCAGACACACCGGACAGCCCAGCAACAUCAACAAGUCUGUCAGCUACUCUGUGAACUACCACACCCGCUCAGAGACUAACAGUGUUGUGGAGUUGGUCGAUGUCAACGGAAAGGAGCGCGUCUAG